GACAUUGGCUUAAAGCUUCUUCACAAUACUUGUGUGAGUUGUGGUUUUGGUUUAGUUGUAAGGCCGUGUUAAUUUUUGUCUUGUGUGGAAUAUUCGUGGAAAAUAGAUUUUUCGCAUAGACGUUCGUUGAAAUAAAAGUGUGAAGGAUGAGCGAAGAGAGUAACCCAACUACUCUAUACGUUGGGAACUUGGAUCACAGCGUCUCGGAAGAAUUGCUGUGUGCGUUAUUUUCACAGAUCGGCCCAGUCAAAGGAUGCAAAGUCAUAAGGGAGCCGGGUAACGAUCCUUAUGCUUUUGUGGAUUUUAUCAGCCACCCGGGUGCUGCGACGGCUUUGGCGGCGAUGAACAAAAGGCUUUUUUUGGAGAAAGAAAUGAAGGUUAAUUGGGCAACGUCCCCCGGCAACACACCGAAACUGGACACGAGCAAUCACCAUCAUAUAUUCGUCGGGGAUUUGAGUCCCGAAAUCGAGACCCAAGCCCUAAGGGACGCGUUCGCCCCAUUCGGCGAGAUAUCCAAUUGUCGCAUCGUCCGCGAUCCACAGACCCUCAAGUCGAAAGGGUACGCGUUCGUGUCUUUCGUCAAGAAAGCCGAAGCGGAAAACGCGAUAUUGGCCAUGAACGGCCAAUGGUUGGGGAGCCGUAGCAUAAGGACCAAUUGGUCGACGAGGAAACCUCCGCCUCCAAGGGACACGAGGAACAGGCAGAACAAUGCGAAGGCGCCGACUUUCGACGAAGUCUACAACCAGUCGAGCCCGACCAACUGCACGGUCUACUGCGGUGGAUUCGUCAACGGCAUCAACGACGACCUUAUGGAAAAGGUAUUCUCCCAAUUCGGUACUAUUAAGGAUAUUAGAUGCUUCAAAGACAAGGGUUACGCCUUCAUCAAGUUCAUGACUAAAGAGGCCGCUACGCAUGCUAUCGAAACGAUUCACAAUACCGAAAUCAGUGGACAGAUCGUCAAGUGUUUCUGGGGGAAAGAGACAUCGGAUCCGAACAACGCCGCAAACAUGAAUAACACGACCAACGCCAACCAGGUCAGCGCAGCGCAAUGGCCUUACAUGUACGGUAACAUGGGAUAUUGGUAUCCGCAGGGGUACUCGGCUGCCCCCGGAACCCACAUGCAACAGCAAUACCUCCAGGGUAUGCAAGGAUAUCCGUACGGUCAGUUCGGUUACCAACAGAAUUAUGUAGGUAGGAUGGGGAUGCAAAUGCCAGCCGGCUCGUGGCCCGGGAUGGCAGCCCCAUCCGGCAGCGCACAGCCCAAUUCUCAACAAAUGCCGCAGUCUUCAGCUAUGCAACCGGCCAACACGAUGAUGCCCUAUUCGAUGCAACAGUUUCAAACACAGUGACAUAUUUCAAUAUUGUAAAUAUAAUAAACUGAUGCAUUAAAAUUCAGAAGAAUUUAAUCGACCCGUUUAAAAAUAUUAUUUUAAAAAAAAUUUAAAAAAGCAAAAAAAAAAUAGUGUGUAGUAUUUAGAAUAGUCCAGGCACGUCUGGAUUAAUUCAUGAAUUAAGGGGCAAAUGGUUUAUUUAUUGCCAUAGAUGACGGUCAAGGGGGCGAAUAUAGAUAAUUAACAAUCUUUUUGUACAGAUAAUUAAUAACCACGCUUCCAACUAGGUUUUUUAUACAUGUGAGUGUAAUACUGUGUAUGUGAGGGUGUGAUGCGAUACAUAGGGGAAUAAAAUAUAUUUUAGUCACAAGUCUUUUUCUUUCUUUCUUUCUUUUUUUUUUUUUUUUUUACAAUCUUG